AUGGGUGACAUAGGAAAACCAUUACAGGUCGACAUGGAUAAGAGUGAUGUCGACAGGAUAUGGGAGAGGAAUUUCGGGAUCAUACCAGCAGUCGAGCAUUGCGUUCACGACUUGUACGUAGAGCAAGCAAAAGUUCGACCUAACGCGCCUGCUAUCUGCUCAUGGGACGGCGAGAUGACCUACAAACAAUUGGACGAGCAUUCAACACAACUAGCGAGCUACCUAGCUGGUCUGGGUGUUGUAGCCGAGGAAAUGAUACCAUUAUGCUUUGAGAAGUCAAUAUGGACAGUGGUAGCCAUGCUUGCUGUCAUAAAAGCUGGUGGUGCGUUUGUUCCGCUGGAUCCAUCUCACCCAAGGUCUCGCCACGAAGAGAUAUUCAAACAGACCAAAGCUAAGGUGGUACUUACUUCCGUACAAUACGCAAAUCUUUGGCCAAAUUCAACGCAACAGAUUCUUGCAGUCAGCAACGCCUUGAUCAACCAGCUAUCAGUCGAGACUAAAGUUUGUUCCAAAGUCAAGCCAUGGAACGCUGUAUAUGCGAUGUUCACAUCUGGUAGUACUGGAGUUCCAAAGGGUGUUGUCUUGGAGCACGGAGCAAUCACGACAAGCUGUCUAGCUCACGGGAAAGCGAUGAGACUUGGACCCAACUCUCGAGCCCUCCAGUUUGCAGCUUAUACUUUCGACAUUUGCAUCGCUGAAAUAUUCACCACACUGAUAUUUGGCGGAUGCGUUUGCAUUCCCUCCGAAGACGACCGACGUAACGCCUUGUCAGAAGUCAUCAACAGCAGCAAUGUCAACUGGGCGCAACUCACACCAACAGUCGCGCGUCUACUUGAUCCCCUAACAGUUCCGUCCCUAGAGGUGCUCGUCCUGGGAGGAGAGCGAGUGGACGACGCCGAUUGGAAAAGAUGGAAUGACAAUGUCGUACAGAUAAACGUAUAUGGCCCAACAGAAUGUAGCAUUUGGUGCACUUCACAUCAAAACACUGGUCAGGGGUUUCAGUCAGGGAUGAUCGGUAGAUCAAUGGCUUCAGUCAGCUGGGUGACUGACCCAGACGACCACAACCAGCUGGUGCCCUUCGGCGAGGUUGGAGAACUUCUAGUAGAAGGACCCAUUCUAGCACGUGGCUAUCUCAACGACACAUUGAAGACUGAGGCCGCCUUCAUCAGCAACCCCCCCUGGCUGAUGAAGGGUAGCGACGAUCAUACCGGACGGCAGGGAAGACUGUACAAAACGGGAGAUCUAGUCUACUAUAAUGUAGAUGGCGACUUGGUCUAUGUAGGUCGAAAGGACAGCCAAGUCAAGGUGCGCGGCCAACGAGUUGAGUUGGGUGAGAUUGAGCACCACCUCCACCAAUGCAUGCCAGGUGUCAAACAGUUGGCUGCUGAAGUCAUUUUACCAACAGGAGACCAGGGCAAAGCAAUGGUAGCAGCAUUUCUGCAGCUGAGCGAAGAGACACAUCACACACUCACCAGCCAGAUUUCUGACAGCGACUCUGAAGUGCAAGUCAUCUUUCCAACUCAAGUGAACGAGCAGCUAGCUCAGAGAUUACCAAGAGAUAUGGUGCCCGAAGUAUACUUUGUAGUGACGGAAUUUCCAUUAACAACGUCCGCCAAAGUAGACAGGCAGCGGUUACGUAAGAUUGGAGCAUCCUUUUCCGCACAGCAAUUGGCCCAAUUGCGGACUCGAGGCGAUGGUCCAAAGCGACAACCAGAUACAGAAAAAGGAAAGACUUUGCAGCAACUAUGGUCGCAGGUACUUAGCAUUGAUUCACAGUCCAUCGGUAUGGAUGACAGUUUCUUCAGUCUGGGUGGCGACUCGAUCGCGGCUAUGAAGCUGGUGGGCGAAGCACGUAGGUCAGGGAUACAGAUCAGCGUUGCAGUCGUCUUCCGCAAUCCCACAUUGGACCAGUUGACCUCUGCAGCAGUUGCUUCAACUGACAGCUCUUUUGCUAUCAUUCCGCACGUUGGAAGUGAUGGACCUGUUGCGCAAUCAUUUGCACAGGGUCGAAUGUGGUUCUUGGAAGAAUUACACUCUGGUCUGACAUGGUAUCUCAUGCCAGUUGUAGUGCGUAUUCGUGGCCCGCUGCAGCUCUCGGCGCUAGAAUCUGCGCUAAAUGCGAUCGAGAGCCGUCAUGAAACUCUCCGGACAACUUUCGAAACCAUUGGAGAUGCAAGCAUGCAGGUGGUUCAUCCGUUCCAUCCUAGGGUGAUGAGCGUCGUCGACAUAGACGAACAGGACCUCACAGAUGCUGUGCACCGAGACCAGACAACCCCCUUUGACUUACGCACUGAGGCCGGGUGGAGGGUUUCGAUCUAUCGCAUCAGCAAAGAAGACUAUGUGCUGUCCAUUGUUAUGCACCAUAUCGUCUCGGAUGGCUGGUCCACUGAUAUACUUACGCGAGAGUUGGGCGUAUUCUACUCAGCCUCGAUACAAGAUCAGGAUCCCAUUUCUUGUGUGCAACCUCUGCCUAUCCAAUAUCGGGAUUUUUCAGUGUGGCAGAGACAACAAGCACAGGUUGACAAUGACCAGAGUCAGCUCGAAUAUUGGUCCAAUCAGCUGAAAACCAGCAGGCCAGCAGAGCUGCUGUGCGAUAAACCCCGGCCUGCUGCUCUAUCUGGACAAGCUGGAAAGCAAAAGCUCGAUAUCGAUGGACCACUUUACAGUAAACUACAACAAUUCUGCAAAACUCACGGAGUAACACAGUUCAUGGUCCUGUUUGCAGCCUUUAGAGCUACACACUUCCGUCUAACAGGUCAGAACGACGCAACGAUAGGCACUGUGAAUGCCAACCGAGAUCGAUGGGAGCUAAAAGAUAUGAUCGGCUUUUUCGUUAACUUGCAAUGCCUUCGGACUACGAUCACCGACGAGUCAUUCGAAGAACUAGUUCAGCAAGUUCGUGAAGCAACAAUUGCUUCCCUUGCUAAUGGAGACGUUCCAUUCGAAAGCAUCGUCUCUAAGCUAAAGAACACUAGAGACAUGUCUCGUCAUCCGAUUGUGCAGCUCAUUUUUGCCGUACACUCCCAGCGCAAGUUAGGACAUCUCACACUAGAGGGCAUGGAAACAGAGAGUCUCGACAAUGCACCGAAAUCGAGAUUCGAUCUUGAGUUCCACUUCUUUCAACAAGAAGACAGCCUAAGGGGAGAUGUUGUCUAUUCAACCGACCUUUAUACACCUGAGACGAUUAGCAACAUGCUAUCAGUUUUCCAAAUCGUUCUUGAGGGGUGCCUUGAAGACCCGAAAGCUGCAAUCGCCUCUCUACCGUUGUUGCGCGAAUCCAACUACUCCAAGCUCAAAGAAUUAGAUCUCAUUCGUGUUCAGAGGACUGAUUACCCACGUGAGUCGAGCAUAGUCGAUCUCUUCCGUCAGCAAGUAUCAACCUGUUCGUCAAGGAUUGCUGUUAAAGACCCGCUGGUAGAGAUGACUUAUGCCGAGCUUGACAAGGAAUCUGACAUUCUCUCCUGGUGGCUAGCUAAACAGUCGCUCGCUCCAGAGACAUUGGUAGGCGUAUUAGCAGGUCGAAGCUGCCAGACUAUUGUUGCAUUUUUGGGCAUCUUGAAGGCCGGCUUGGCGUACCUACCGUUUGAUACCAAACUACCAGCGAAGCGGAUGGAAAAUAUCCUUUCCUCGUUACCAGGCCAGAAAAUUGUGCUUGUUGGGGCUGACGUACAGUCCUCGAGCAUGAAGAUCGGUAGCGUCCAGUUUGUACGCAUCACAGACGCCCUCAACGAGCAGAUUGACGAAUCAUCCGAUUCCGGAAACAUCAUCAAGCCUUCAGCAACUAGCUUGGCCUAUGUCAUGUUCACAUCAGGAUCAACAGGCCAGCCGAAGGGUGCUAUGGUUGAACAUCGUGGUAUUGUGCGCUUAGUAAAAGACAACAAUUUUGUCCAGCACCUACCAGCCUCACCAGUCAUGGCGCAUAUGACGAAUCUUGCAUUCGAUGUCUCUACGUGGGAGAUAUACGCUUCUCUCCUACAAGGUGGAACGCUAGUCUGCAUCGACAGAAUGACAGUGUUGGAUCCAGAGGCUGUGUUGCGAACAUUCCGUCGAGAACAGGUCAAAACAGCAUUUAUGACACCAUCCCUUUUCCGAACCUACGUCCAGCAAUCACCUGCGAUGUUUGCUAACCUCGAGAUGCUUUGUCUCGGUGGCGAAGCACUUCAAUCAAAUGAUAUCCUUUCCAUAAAGACACUUCAGACAGGCAAGAUCAUCAAUGGCUAUGGGCCGACUGAAAAUACAACUUUCAGCACAAUUUUCGUUCUAUCAAAAGACGACCAGUACGCAAAUGGCGUGCCCAUUGGCCGUGCACUUAGCAAUUCUGGCGCCUAUGUCAUGGAUUCGAAACAGCAGCUUCUCCCCCUUGGCGUCGUUGGAGAGCUUGUUGUCACGGGCGAUGGCGUGGCGCGUGGAUACACUGAUCCUAAGCGCAACAUUGACCGUUUUGUUACAGUCGAGAUUGACGGCGAGAGUAUGAAAGCUUACCGUACGGGUGAUUACGUGCGUUAUCGUUCCGACGGCCAGCUGGAAUAUUUCGGACGAAUGGACGGACAGGUCAAAAUUCGAGGACAUCGCAUUGAGUUAGGCGAGAUUGAGCACGUUCUUCGCAGCCAUAAGUCCGUAAGUGAGGCCGUGGCUGUAGUGCAGCAGCAAAAUGCAGACGAGGCUGCUCGAUUAGCUGCGUUCGUCACAGUCUACGAGGGUAACGUAGUAGUUGACCAAGAGCCUAACGACAACGACGAGUCACAGCAUGUGGAUACAUGGGAAGACCAGUUUGAUUCGAAGGUCUAUAUGCCCAUUUCCAAUGUCCUUCCUGAAGCUAUUGGACGAGACUUCAUUGGGUGGACUUCCAUGUACGAUGGCAGCGCCAUAGAUAAGGCGGAGAUGAACGAAUGGCUUGACGAGACAAUCGAUACAAUGCUCAACGGCGGUAAACCUGGCAAGGUGCUUGAGGUUGGUACAGGAACUGGUAUGAUUCUGUUCAACUUAGGCGACGGUCUGGAAAGUUACAUUGGGCUGGAUCCAUCGCAAAAAGCCGUUGAUUUUGUCAAAGACACUGCCAGGUCCGUACCUACGCUAGCAGACAAGGUCAGAGUCUACAAGGCCACAGCGGCAGAACUUGAUCGCCUACCGCCUAUUGAUGCAAAUCUUGUUGUUAUCAAUUCAGUCGUUCAGUAUUUCCCAAGUCUGGAUUACCUUUUCAAGACUGUGCAGCAGCUGGUCGAGAUAGAGGGCGUCUCUACUCUCUUCUUUGGCGAUGUCCGAUCUUAUGCGCUACACCGGGAGUUUCUCGCAACGCGUGCGCUGUUUAUGGUUGGAGACAGUGCAGAAAAGUCUGAGGUCCGUCGCAUGAUUGCCGACAUGGAGAGAGUUGAAAGAGAGUUUCUAGUGGACCCAGGUUUCUUCACUGCUCUACCAGAGCGCUUACCAGAUUUUAUCGAGCACGUCGAAAUCUUACCAAAGAAGUUAAAGGCCACGAAUGAGCUGAGUUGCUACCGGUACGCCGCCGUCGUUCAUGUUAAGUCACGAAAUGGGCAAAAGCAAGAACCGGUGAUUCGAUGCGUGGGACACGACGAGUGGAUCGAUUUUGCUGAACACAGGCUGGACCGCCCGUCUUUCUUGAAGCAGCUCCAGAGCCUUUCCAGCUCGCCCACCAUAGCUGUGAGCAACAUUCCUUACAGUAAGACGAUUGUGAGCCGGUGUCUUAUCGACUCGUUGGAAGAUGACGUAGCAGAUACGUCUGAUUCGUCGAACUGGCUCUCUUCAGUGUACCAGCAGGCAGAACACUGCCCCUCUUUGUCUGCCGCUGAUCUACAUGAGUUAGCGGCCGAGGCCAAUUGCCGUGUUGAGAUUAGUUGGAGCAGACAGCACUCCCAGCGCGGUGGUCUCGACGCGAUAUUCCAUCGCUGCCAGCCACAAAAGGGAGAGAACAGAGUGAUGUUUCGAUUCCCCACCGAUCAUGCAGAGCGGCCUCUACACAGCCUGAGCAGCACGCCGCUACGGCAACAGGUCUUGCAGAGAACCCAAAAACAACUUCAGGAGAUACUUGAAGCCCAGCUACCCGCUUAUAUGGUCCCCCAGACAAUUAUGUUCCUAGACACGAUGCCAACCAACCAGAACGGCAAGGUAGACCGUACCGUUCUUACACAGCAAACGGAAAUUCAGACAGUAGAAGGCCAGGAAUUCCAACGAGAACUCACUAGGGCAGAGCUCAAAGUUCAGCAACUGAUGGCUCGCGUACUUCGCAUCAACGCGAACCGCAUUGGCCUAGAUGAUAGCUUUUUCCAGCUAGGCGGCGAUUCGAUUGCAGCUAUGAGAUUGGUUGCUAUGGCUCGCGAAGAAGAUAUCCAAAUUACGGUAGCAAAAGUCUUCCAGUACCCUAAACUUAUCCAACUAGCCGCUGUAGCCCAGGAGCAUGUCUACGUUCCUAGCGACAACAUCGUCCCAUUUUCUCUAAUCGACCCCGAAGUUGAUGCAACACAGACACACCAAGAAGUGGCGGCUAGUUGCAAAGUCGACAGGGGUCUUAUUGAGGAUAUCUACCCAUGCUCGCCGCUCCAGGAAGGCUUGAUGUCGCUAACUGUGAAGCGGCCAGGGGAUUACAUCAUGCAGACAGUGCUGGAACUGCGACCAGAUGUGGAUGAAGCAGCCUUUCAAAGUGCAUGGGAGAAAACGGUUCAGUCAUUACAAAUAUUGCGAACACGUAUCGUAGUACACAAGACGCUUGGUUUGUUGCAGGCUGUUGUGACGGACAAAAUGAAGUGGGCAGAAGCAGACGAUCUGACUGCUUACCUAGCUGAAGACAAACUGUCAUCUAUGCAGCUUGGUGAGCCACUUGCACGCUAUGCUCUGGUUCGAGACUCUCGUAGAGAAAAGCGGUGGUUCGUAUGGACAAUUCACCAUGCUAUAUACGAUGGUUGGGCGCUAACCCACAUUUUGAACGCUGUACAAACGGCAUAUAACGGCGCAGAGCCAGAGAAGCAGUUUGGUUUCAACAACUUCAUCAAGUAUCUUGGCCAGCUAGAUCAAGACGCUCUCGCAGCAUAUUGGGGGGCUACGCUUAGCGACUGCGAGGCGAAUGUUUUCCCACCACUACGACCCGGGGUGCAACAGCCAGUCGCGGAUGCAACAGCAGAAUAUCAAUGCCCUCCUCUCCCUAAAAGAACCUCAAACACUACAAUCUCGACACUCAUUCGCACAGCUUGGGCGAUCGUUGCCAGCGGCUAUACGAGCUCAGACGACGUUGUGUUUGGAGCGACAGUCACGGGUCGGAAUGCACCAGUGGCUGGCAUCGAGUCCCUAGUUGGACCCGUGAUUGCAACAGUGCCAGUACGAAUACGUUUACAGAGGGAUCGGACUGUUCUAGAACUUCUCGAAACGGUACAAAAACAGGCAACAGAAAUGAUUCCGUUCGAGCAAACCGGCUUGCAACGGAUCACGAAGCUAGUACCAGAAGCCCAAAAUGCCUGUAGCUUUCAGACACUUCUGAUUGUCCAGCCUGCAGAAGACGCAUUCCAAACAGACAACGUGUUUGGAAAGUGGGAAUUUGGCUCAGGACUACAAGACUUCACAACGUAUGCUCUGAUGGUACAAUGCAAGCUGGCUAAAGAGGGGGUCAAAAUCACGGCCAGCUUUGAUGCGCGGUUGGUUCAACAGUGGCAAGUUGAGAAGAUGUUGGCUCAACUAAGCUUCGUCAUGCAGCAGUUGGCCCGAGGAGACCUAAGCACAAGAGUCAGGGACAUUGAAAUACUCACGCCAAGUGACGAACAACAGCUGUGGAAUUGGAACCACAAGCUACCACCGACUAUCGAUCGUUGUGUCCAUGAUUUAUACCUGGAACAAGUAAAGUCUCAACCCAAAGCAGACGCGAUAUGUGCAUGGGAUGGUAGAAUGACCUAUGAAGAGCUGGACGAAACAUCAUCGCGCCUCGCACACCAUUUGACCAGCCUUGGGGUCAAACCAGAGAGCAUAGUGCCUCUUUGUUUUGAAAAAUCGAUUUGGGUGGUUGUAGCUAUGCUAGCUGUGCUCAAAGCAGGGGGUGCCUUUGCGCCCCUGGAUCCGAAUCAUCCAACAUCUCGUCACCAAGAGAUCUUCGACCAAACCAAAGCCAAUAUAGUCCUCACCUCGACACAGUACGCCAACAUCUGGCCAGAACGUUCUCAAAUUGUCGUGUCAAUCAGCAGAGACUUCAUUGAUCAGUUGCCGACCAAACCUUGCGACGUCCAGAUAGCGAUACAGCCAGGCAAUACAGCGUAUGUCAUCUUUACAUCAGGAAGUACCGGAGUGCCCAAGGGUGUUCAACUAGAGCAUAAGGCCGUUUCCACAAGUUGCAUAUGCCAAGGGCCUGCUUUAGGAAUUACAAAGAAUACUCGAGCUCUUCAAUUUGCUGCCUAUACAUUUGACGCCUGUAUUCUAGAGAUUAUCACGACUCUAGUACAUGGCGCUUGUGUAUGUAUUCCGUCUGAGAGCCAGCGACGCGACAAUCUCAUCGACACAAUCAAUGCGAUGGAUGUCAACUGGGCACUGUUGACUCCAGCUGUCGCGAGAAUCUUGGACCCACAGAAGAUUGUACCGUUGAAGACGUUGGUUCUCGGUGGUGAGAAAGUCAACGCUUCGGACUGCGACAUCUGGAGUGACCGCGUACAGCUAAUCAACGCUUACGGACCUACAGAAUGCUGCGUCUCUUGUGUCGCAAAUCCCGAUAUGAAGGGGCUUGAUCCGGAACCUAUCGGAAAGUCAGUUGCAUCGGUCGGAUGGGUAGCUAAUCCAGACGAUCACAACAGGCUAGCUCCGUUGGGCGCAGUGGGCGAACUGUUGGUCGAAGGACCAAACUUAGCACGCGGCUAUCUGAACGAUGCAAAGAAAACAGAAACUGCCUUUAUCAAUGAACCUCCCUGGCUACUUCGAGGCAGUGAAGGCUAUAGUGGGCGACGAGGCAGACUGUACAAGACUGGUGACCUGGUCUAUUACACCGCAGAUGGUAAUUUGGUCUACGUCGGCCGCAAAGACAACCAGGUCAAAGUGCGUGGCCAACGCAUUGAGCUUGCUGAGAUUGAGCAUCAUCUCUAUCAAUGCAUGCCAGACAUCAAAGAGAUUGCAGUCGAAGUGAUCUUACCAACAGGAGGAAAGCCAAUAGUAGCAGCGUUCCUGGAAGCAAACUCCGAGCUACUUAACAGCAGGAAGUCUGAUGGGGACUCUGGAGUCCAUGUUGUGUUUCCAGCCCAAGCAGACGACGAGCUGUCUCAACGGUUACCCCGGGAUAUGGUGCCUGGGGUUUACUUUGCGCUAGCAGAGUUCCCAAUAAUGACGUCUGGUAAGAUCGACCGAAAGCGACUACGCGAGAUUGGACGCUCGUUCUCAGCCCAGCAGCUAGCCCAGCUGCAAACACAGAGAGACAAGGGCCUAAAACGACAGCCAGAGACAGAGCAAGAGAAGGUGUUACAACAGCUAUGGGCGCAGGUGCUAGGCAUCGACGCUACUUCCAUUGGACUCGAUGAUAGCUUCUUCCGGUUAGGUGGCGACUCUAUCGCGGCUAUGAAGCUUGUGAGCGAGGCGCGCAGCGUUGACCUGAAGCUUUCUGUUCAGGACGUUUUCCAAGCGCAGCGACUUGGUCAGCUGGUCAAACAAUCACUUCACUCUUCCACUGAGAGUGUAAUCACAAAAGGCAAUCAUCGGGGGCCUGUCACCCAAUCCUUUGCGCAGGGCCGACUUUGGUUCUUAGAACAACUGCAUCCGGGGCUAGACUGGUACCUCAUGCACCUUGCCGUACGCAUCAGAGGCCCACUUCAACUCCAAGCUCUCCAAGCUGCAUUGCAGACAGUAGAGCGCCGCCACGAAACGCUAAGAACAACAUUUUCCACCAACAAUGGCGAAAGUCUACAGGAGGUUCAUCCUUUCCGUGAUGGAAAAGACCUAAAUGUCAUUGACAUCAACUCAAACGAUGACAAAGUUCUGCUAGAAGCUCUGGAAUUGGAACAAAAGACACCAUUUAAUCUACGAAGCGAGCCUGGAUGGAGAGUAUCUGUCUAUAAUAUCAACGGAGAGAAUCAUGUUCUGUCCAUCGUCAUGCAUCACAUCGUUUCAGACGGCUGGUCAGUUGAUGUUUUGAAGAAAGAACUGAGCACACUGUAUGCUGCUGCAGUUCGCGGCGAAGACCUGAAUUCCUCCCUACCGCCUUUACCCAUCCAAUAUCGCGACUUCUCUGUCUGGCAAAGGCUGCCGGGUCAAGUUCAAGAACAUCAGCGGCAGCUUGAUUACUGGAUCAACCAGUUGGACUCAAGCCGGCCAGCGGAAUUUCUGUAUGAUAAGCCCCGGCCAGCUACUCUAUCUGGCAAAGCAGGCACACAGAAACUCACUAUCAGCCACAAACUUUAUGAAAGGCUACAAAGUUUUGCGAGAGAACAUGGGAUGACUCCAUUUGUUGUCCUCCUCACUGUUUUCAGAGCCGCGCACUACCGCCUGACUAACCAGGAUGACGCGACCAUUGGAGUACCCAAUGCGAAUCGAAGCCGUUGGGAGGUUGGAGAUCUGAUUGGAUUCUUCGUCAAUAUUCAAUGUCUCCGAAUCAAGAUUCAGGAUGAAACCUUUGAAGAGCUGUUGCAACAGGUCUACACGACAGUAGUAGACUCACUUGCUAACCAGGACGUACCCUUUGAGAGUAUCGUUGCUGCAUUACAAGGAGACCGGGACAUUUCCCGCAACCCUCUUGCCCAGGUUGCAUUCGCUGUUCACUCACAGCAAGACAUAGGGAAGCUAUCGUUCGAUGGUGUCGAAACAGAAGUCAUAGAGGGCCUAGCUACCUCACGUUUUGACCUCGAAUUCCAUUUCUUCCAGGAACAGGAUAGUCUACAAGGCUACAUAUACUUCUCAGAGGAGCUCUUUUCUCCUGAGAGUAUACGUUCGCUAGCAUCCGUCUUUACAAGCAUCCUUGACAACUGUCUCGCCAAGCCAGAAACGCAGAUUGCGGUAGUGCCACUCAUGACCGACCAAGCACACAUUCAGCUCGAUCAGAUGGGACUCCUCGGCAUGAAUGAGACAGCCUAUUCUCGAGAUUCAAGCAUUGUCGACGUAUUCCGCCAGCAAGUCGCUAUGCAACCGUCCAGAAUUGCUGUUAAAGAUGCAUUGGCAGAGCUGACAUACACCGAGCUAGACGCACAGUCAGAGAAGCUUGCAAAAUACCUGGCGACGAAAUCGUUUCCUCCUGAAACGGCAGUUGGUGUUCUGGCGCGUCGAGGCUGUCAAGCAAUUGUUGCCUUUUUCGGUAUUCUCAAAGCCGGAUUGGCCUACCUUCCAUUCGAUUCAAAAGCACCAGAAAAGCGAAUGGAAGCGAUCCUAUCAACCAUUGAAGGAAAAAAGCUAGUCUUAGUCGGUCCAAAUAUCCGGUUGCCCGGUGCAGGACUCGAGGAUGUUGAAUUUGCUCACAUUGUCGACAUCUUGAACGCAGAUGAUAAUGCUGAAUUCACAAGAAACGAGCUUGAUCCUGCUCUGAAGCCCAGUCCUUCUAGUCUCGCUUACAUUCUAUUUACGUCUGGCUCUACUGGUCAACCUAAAGGAGUCAUGGUCGAACAUCGUGGCAUAGUUCGCCUGGCACAACACGACCAGAUGGAGCACUUCAGAUCAUCUGGAGCCACCGCUCAUAUGGCAAAUCUUGCUUUUGAUGGAUCUUCCUGGGAGAUCUAUACUUGUAUUCUGAAUGGAGGAACUCUGGCUUGCAUUGAUGCGACAACUGUACUGGACCAGGAUGCCCUAUUACGUGCCUUCAGGGAAUUCAAGAUCCGGAUCGCUUUCAUCACGCCUGCUUUGCUGAAAUAUAUCCUAGCCGAAUCUCCAAACACAAUCGGUAACUUGGAUACCCUCCUUGUCGCAGGAGACAGAGCCGACAUAGAUGACUUCUUUACCGCACGGAACCUUGUGACAAACAAGGUCGUCAACGCAUAUGGUCCUACUGAGAACUCGGUCAUGAGCACACUAUACAUGCUCUCUGAUCACGAGGAUUGCGUCAACGGUGUACCUAUUGGACGAUCUAUCAGUAACUCUGGGGCAUACGUGAUGGAUCCAGAGCAGAACCUUGUACCACUUGGUGUUGUUGGAGAGCUUGUUGUUACUGGAGACGGUGUUGCCAGAGGAUAUACCGAUCCAAAUCGCAAUGUUGACCGUUUCGUGACUGUUACAGUCGGAAACCAAACAGUGCGAGCCUACCGUACUGGAGACUAUGUUCGUCAGCGACCCACAGAUGGGGAAAUGGAGUUCUUCGGUCGCAUCGAUGGGCAAGUCAAGAUCCGGGGCAACCGUGUUGAACUUGGAGAGAUCGAGAGCGUCCUUCGUGGGCACAACUUUGUGCGUGACGCAGUGGUGGUAGCAGAAAAACAACAAGAGAAAGACCAACGACUUUUCGGUUACGUUACUCUGAAAGAAGGAUCCGAAAUGCCUGCCGGGAAGAACAGCGAUAGCAACCAAAUACAGCACGUGAGUGCGUGGGAAGACCGCUUCAACACAGAGAUAUACGCCCCGAUCAGCAGUAUUGAGUCUGGAACAAUCGGCCAGGAUUUUAUCGGAUGGACCUCAAUGUACGAUGGCUCUGAUAUUGACAAUACAGAGAUGAAGGAGUGGCUGAACGAAACUAUCAAUGCAAUCCACACCAAAGCCGGUGGACGAUUAGGAAACGUACUGGAAGUUGGAUCGGGAUCCGGCAUGAUUCUCUUCAACCUCGGAAAUACCCUAGAACAUUACACCGGAUUUGAGCCCUCAAGAAAGGCAGUCGACUUCAUUAUGGGGACAGCCAGGUCUAUCCCCUCACUCGCCAAUAAAGUGGAGAUGUAUAAGGCUACGGCCGCUGACAUCAGUCAAGUGGAUCCACCACUCCGGGCUGACACGGUGAUUCUAAACUCAGUUGUCCAGUAUUUUCCCAGCCAGGAGUAUCUCUUCAACGUAAUUCGAGACCUGCUCCAAGUUACAGGGGUCAAGACAUUGUUCUUUGGCGACAUCCGUUCUCAUGCUCUGCGCCGGGAAUUCUUUGCAGCCAGAGCCCUCUUUAUGGCGGGUGAAAGGGCUAGCAAAGAGGAUCUACGACGUAUGGUGGAAGACAUGGAACAAAUCGAGCGGGAGCUUCUGGUUGACCCUGGCUUUUUUACUUCAUUAGCAAGUCGUCUUCCCGAUUUAGUCCAGCAUGUGGAGAUUCAGCCCAAGCAAAUGAAAGCCACAAACGAGUUGAGCUCCUACCGCUACACGGCUGUGGUAUACUCUCGAUCCUGGAGUCCGCCAUCUGGAGCGCUUCGAACUAUCCCCGGUCAUGAAUGGGUCGACUUCAAGGACCAGAAACUGGAUCGUGUAUCUCUCCAACAGCGUAUAAAGGAUGUCUCAAGCACACAUCCUAUGGCCAUAAGCAAUAUUCCCUGCAGCAAAACUAUCUUUGGAAAUCGCCUUCUAAGCUCCUUGGAAGAUGAAAAGGCCAGAAAACCGGUCCACAUGGACUGGUCCGCUCUGAUUGACAAAGAAGUCAAGCAGACGCCCAGCUUCUCUGCCGUUGAUCUGGAUGAGAUGGCCAAGGAAGCAGGGUGCCAGGUGCAAAUCAGCUGGAACAGGCAAUAUUCACAGCAGGGUGGCCUGGACGCUAUAUUCUACCCUCGUCCAGUCAACGGUGAUGCUAGCAAGUCUGAACUGAUGUUUUCAUUCCCAACAGAUCAUACAGACCGGCCACAGCAAACCUUGAGCAACAAGCCAAUGCGGCAGCAGCUUGUUAAGGAAGUCCAACAGCAGCUAGACGAGCUUGUGAAACUUCAACUGCCUUCGUACAUGGCUCCGCAAUCCAUUCAAGUUCUGGAUAAACUUCCAAUCAACCAGAACGGCAAGGUAGAUCGAAAAGCCCUUGCACAAAGAACAAAAACGAAUGUGGUAGUUGGCCAAGACGCCCAACAACGAGAACUUACCCCUGCAGAACUCAAAGUGCAGAAGAUACUGGCGCGAGUACUCGGAAUUGACGCUAGUCGUGUUGGGCUGGAAGACAGCUUCUUCCAGCUAGGUGGAGACUCAAUUGCAGCUAUGAAGAUAGUAGCAGCAGCUCGAGAAGAGGAUAUCCAACUCACGGUUGCAAACAUCUUCCAGCACCCCAAGCUGGUCAACAUGGCCACUGUAGCUCAGUUCUCACAAGUAGUAGCUGAAGAGAAGCCAACUCAACCAUUCUCUUUCCUCUCGCCAACCGAAAAGGAGCAUCUUCUCCAGGCUAUACCUGCAAAUACCUCCAAGGUGGACAGAAACGACAUUGUCGACGUCCUUCCAACGACAUGGAUGCAGAAUCUGUUCAUCUCCCGAGGUGUCAACGUUCUACCCCUCGCUUUCAACUAUUUCUUCCUCGAUUUGGGAACACGUGUUGACGUUUCUCGCCUCAGACGCAGUAUCCCUGCUCUUGUCAAGCACUUCUCCAUACUUCGAACCAAGUUCGUCUAUGUCGAUGGAGUAUUGUGGCAAACUGUUCUUCGCAACCCGGAAGUUCCCUUUAUCAAGUUCGAGCUUGAUAUGCCUCUGGAUGAAGCAGCUGAUACUGUCUGUUUAGAGGAUAGUCGGACCACCGAGCCUCUAGAGCUGGCUACUGCUUUCUUGUUGGUACGAAGCUCCUCAGGCGAAUACCGUUUGGUAAUCCGCAUCACGCAUGCUCAGUACGACGGCGUUUGUUUCCCGUCAUUCAUAAAGACACUUUUUGCCAUUUACUCUGGAAAACCUGUAGAGCCUACACACAGCUACUCGAACUAUCUGGCCUACAUUCGGGGUAGAAGAUCGGUCUCAUCACAGUACUGGCGUAACCUCCUCCAAGGCUCGCGGAUAACAAAAAUCACCACGUUGCUCGGUCCUAGCAUCCGACAUGGCAACCACCCAGUUGAGAUUCAAACACAAAGUAUCAUUGGUAUGCCCCACGUCCCAACUGGUUUUACUCUCGCCUCAAUUGUCAGUUCGGCCUGGGCAAGGGUCCUCUCACAAAUCACCGGAGAAGAAGACGUCGUCUAUGGAUACAUGAUAGCCGGGCGCAACGCGAACAUCCCAAACAUUACGAAAAUUGUCGGUCCCUGCCUGAACAUCAUCCCCGUUCGAGCACAGGUCCAUCCAACAACUUCUUCAACCGACCUAGUGCGCGCAAUCCAAGAACAAUACAUUGCACUCGGCGAAGCCGAUUCAAUGGGCUUCGACGACAUUGUACGCACAUCCACAGACUGGCCAGCCGAUGCGCAUUACGACUCGGUGUUUCAGUACCAGAACUUGAAUGAACAUCCGGUGUUUGAUUUUGAAGGCACGGAUUCCAGGCUGCAUUGGUUUCAGAAUCCUGAUUCGGUACCGGCUAUCUUGACUGUGGUGGCCUACCCGCUUGAGGAUGGACUCAGAAUUGUGGUUAGGGGUAAUGAGCAUAUGAUUACGCCUGAUGGCGCGGAUUUGAUUAACAAGUCGCUCUGUGAGAUGAUUGGGAAAGUGUCUUCCUCACUGCAGGAGGCAUGA